UCACAAGGAGGGGGGAAAAUAUAAAAGAGGAACACAGGAAACGGGAGGGAAAAUCGGGGAGGGAAGUAUCAUAUUGUUCAUUUCUCUCUCAGUCUGCCAUCCCGGUUGCGGGGCUGACUGCUCGGUGCGUCUUCGAGAGAGAGAGAGAGAGAGAGAGAGAGAGAGAGAGAGAGAGAGAGAGAGAGAGAGAGAGAGAGAGAGAGAGAGAGGAGGCGGUGGACAGCGCGAAAGAGGGCGGAAUGCCCCUUUACAAGCGUCGCAUCUGACUAAAACAGCGGAGAAGCUCGUAAAUCGGAAAUUGGACAGAGGGAGAUUUCUGCAACGCCAAGGGGAUGUCGAAGAGCUUCAAAAGAGUCUCCACAAAUCCGACAGUGGGUUCAAAUCCAUGCUGAUGUGUUGGCGAGACUACGAAAAAAUGCUGCAUUCCAGUUGGAGCUAGAUGACUAAGAGCUCAACUCUUUUCACAACUUGAAGACAAGAAAAAAAAGGCUACUUGCCUACAGGCUCCCGUUUGUGGUCUUGGAAACAUUAGGAAAAUAACAAGCUAAAGGUUAUGCAUGUACUGCAGGCAUAACUCCGCAUUCCCCAGCCAAAUCUAUUUGCAAAGUAAAUUUUACAUGUAGAGUGUCUUCACUCUGGCUUGCAAAUUCAACAUGGCCCAAAACCUCAAGAGUCAAUAAAGGGAAAGUGAGAGGGGUGGGUGUCGCUCAGUAAUACAUGGGCACGUCAGUCUGGUCUCUGUGAUCCAGACCAAGGCACCCUGCAGAGCCCCUCGUGUUCUUCCUUUAUUGCCACUGGCCCCUCAACUUCCGCUGCCUCCUCUUUCUCAGUUCACACCUUGCAAAAGGUGGACGGGCCAACCCUCUACUUACCCGGGCGCCGUCCGAUAGGCGAGGGCGGCGAGGGCUGCGCUGUCAUUGGCUGACUGCUGGUGAGAGUGCGAUGCGGAUUGGAGGAUGUCGGGGGACUGGGAUGAAGACCUGUGUAAGAAGGCGCUGGUGUUGGUGGAGGAGCUGUGCUUCAACUCCCCGAGAGGUUACAGCCAGAGUGAACGCUGCCAGGAGUUCAGCUACCUGCUGAGAGGUCGCAACAGACAGCUGGAUCCAGAGAUCUCUGUCAGUCUGCUGUCGGUCAUUGUGACAUUCUGCGGCAUCGUCCUCCUCUCUGUCUCCCUCUUCGUCUCCUGGAAGCUCUGCUGGCUGCCAUGGAGGGACAAGGAGGGCGGAGGCCUGAGCCUGACGUCAGGGUUGCUGCCCGGAAGCGCCGGUGUCGGAAGCCUUGGAGGCACCGGGGGCUCGUCACUCUUACCCCCCUUGCUGCAGAGGAAGGAGGGCCACUCCUCGUCCUCGCUCUACCCCUCCCUGGGCCAGCAGGGCCAGCACCACCCCCAUUUCUCUGACCUGGUGGGGCUGGAGAGGGGGGAGGUCGGAGGUGUGGUUGGGGGUCCACAGGAGACCCAGGAGCCCUCGUACUUGGAUAUGGACUCCUACCCCAACAAUGCUGGAACUCUGAAGCUGAGUCAGACGUCUCCAGAUGUCCCCAACUCAGAGGUUGGAGCCCAGCCCGUUAAAGACCUGCCCAAUGCUCAUUCCCAGCAGCAGGUCACCUCCCGGCCCAAGCCCAUGACUCACCAGCUCUCCAGCCCUGAUUUCCACGGCGAGGAGAAGGAGCAGGUGACCAGCAUUGGGCAGAUCAAACCGGAGCUCUAUAGGCCCAAGGGUGACCAGGGCGAAGGCAAACAGGGCGACAACUGCGGCAAGAUCAGCUUCCUCCUGCGCUACGCCUUUAAUACGGAGCAGUUGGUGGUGAAGAUCCUGAAAGCUUUGGACCUGCCAGCGAAGGAUGCCAAUGGCUUCUCUGACCCGUAUGUGAAGAUUUACCUACUGCCAGACAGGAAGAAGAAAUACCAGACUAAGGUCCACAGAAAGACCUUAAACCCAGUGUUCAAUGAGACGUUUCAGUUCGGCGUGCCGCUGAAUGAGCUACAUUCCAGGAAGCUGCAUUUCUCUGUGUACGACUUCGACCGCUUCUCCAGACACGACCUGAUCGGCCAGGUAGUGGUGGACAACCUGCUGGACUUCAGUGAGGGCAGCGGGGACAAACCCGUCUGGAGGGACAUUGUGGAGGGCACCGCGGAAAAGGCUGAUCUCGGGGAGCUUAAUUUCUCGCUGUGUUACCUGCCCACUGCAGGCAGGCUCACUGCUACAGUCAUCAAGGCCACCAACCUCAAAGCCAUGGACCUGACUGGCUUCUCAGACCCGUACGUGAAGGCCUCUUUGAUCUGUGAUGGGCGAAGGCUAAAAAAGAGGAAGACUUCCAUUAAGAAGAAUACACUGAAUCCCACGUACAACGAGGCGCUGGUGUUUGACAUUCCCAAUGAAAAUAUAGAAAGUGUAUCCAUCAUCAUUGCCGUGAUGGACUAUGACUGUAUUGGCCAUAACGAGGUUAUAGGGAUGUGUCGCGUGGGCAGCGAAGCUGACGGUCCAGGGAGGGAGCACUGGACAGCCAUGCUGGCCAAUCCACGCAAACCAAUAGAGCACUGGCAUCAGCUUGUGGAGGAAAAAGCAAUUGGUACAUUUGUGUCGAAGACUGCUACAGCAUCCUCCCCUAAGCCGCACAUCGUGGUGGACAGUCCUCACUCCGAUUAAAACUGUCAUUACCAUCUCUCCAGCUCCAGACUUUCCUUUCUUUCCUCUCAUCUGUGAAUAAUUCUCUCCAUCAAAGAAAGAGAGACGCGGAGACACUGCUAGUGUCCAACUGCUAGUGCUGUCUUGCCCCUGCUAAUGAAUCCUCCAAGUCCUGUGCUGAAGCUGGGGAAAAAAAAUAACAUCCAUCACAUCCUACACUUUGAGCAUCAGACUCCACAUUUACAAACACAUGCAGACACUAAAUGGUACUGUAGGACUGAGUUCGGCUGUAAAUUUGUGAUCUAGCAAGGGAACGAACACACACAACACACACACACACACACACACACACACACACACACACACACACACACACACACACACACACAAAUACACACAGAGUUUGUAGUAUGUGCGUAGUUCAUGUGUGCUUCAGAUUAGUGUAGUAUUUCAUCUAGGAGGAGUGUGAUGUGACUUUUCUCUCUUCAAAAGAAAAAAAAAGAAAAAAAAAAGAAAGCCAUCCUAGAAUGGUCAUUUCAACCAGGACCAAAGGUUCAUGCCCUUGUA